AUGCUUUUGCGCGACAGCUCCCACAACGUGGAGGCUCACCUCUUCGACGUGGCUCCCAUCGAAAACGUGACUCCGCGCGAGCGGCUGGCACCGCAGCUCGCGGAUCAGUAUGUCCCCUUCAUUACUGGCGGGAUGGACGAGUACUGGAAGCUGUAUCGGGAGUCCAUAGAGCAGCCGGGACGGUUUUUCGGAGAACAUGCACGACGCUUAUUGUCCUGGAGCCGUAUGUUCGACGCAGCAUACUAUCCAGCGGGCACAGGCGGCGCUGGAGGCUCCACUUUGCCCACGUUCGAUUCUACCGCCUGGUUUAUUAAUGGGCAACUGAAUGCGUGUUACAAUGCUGUGGAUCGAUGGGCGAUCAGCUGUCCCGACAAAAUCGCGCUCAUUUACGAAGCAGAUGAGCCCGGUAGCGGGUCUAAAGUCACGUACCGCGAAUUGCUCGCAGAAGUGUGUCAAAUAGCGCAAGUGUUGACGGAAUCCAUGGGCGUACGCAAGGGCGAUACCGUCAUUGUCUACAUGCCGAUGAUUCCCUCCGCAAUAGCCGCGUUGCUUGCCAUUGCACGAAUUGGAGCGAUUCACAGCGUGGUUUUCGCUGGCUACAGCUCCAAUUCGUUACGGGAUCGUAUCAACGACGCAGGUGCUCGGGUAGUGCUCACAAAACAAGAAUCGCGCCGUGCCGGAAAAAUUGUCGAGACCAAACGGAUCGUGGAUGAAGCCCUGAAGCAAACACCUUGUGUCGAAUACGUCCUGGUAUUACAACACCAGUCGCGCACUUGCAGAGACCGGACGGGUCUUCAUGCGCGCAAGUACAAUGCAAAUAGUCAUCAUCACGAAUCCGCGCUCCAUCAACACCAUCGCCAUCAUCGUCAUCGGUUUCACCAUCGUCGUCACAGUCAUUUGAGCCAACAGCAAGCGAAACUUCAGAGUUCGAACGGCGGUGGGAGCAACUACAAUCUUCGUAGUUCUUCCUCCAUCUCACCAGAUUCUUCAAUGUUCGGCCAGAGUAACCUUACUGAACUUGACUGGCUUACAGAAGUUAGUCGGUAUAAACCCUAUUGUCCUUGCGAACCUUUGGACUCUGAACACCCAUUGUUUUUGUUAUACACCUCUGGGUCAACAGGAACUCCUAAGGGCGUUUUGCAUGCCGUUGCAGGCUACUUACUGGAAGCACGCAUGUCGAUGGAAUACGUGUUUGACGUUCACGCUAAUGACGUGGUUUUCACUGCUGGCGAUAUUGGAUGGGUCACAGGCCACACUUAUGUCGUUUAUGGUCCACUACUUUCCGGUUGCACCACAGUGAUCUUUGAAGGUACUCCGGCGUAUCCCUCAUACUCGCGGUAUUGGGAUAUCAUCGACCGGCACAAGGUCACACAUUUCUACGUGGCACCCACAGCACUACGCAUGCUCAAGCGCGCCGGCGAUGGACCUCUCGAAGGUUACGAUUUGACCAGUUUACGUUGUCUGGGAACCGUUGGUGAACCCAUAGCAAGGGAAGUAUGGGAAUGGUAUGCGGAAAAAGUGGGUCGUGGUCGGGUACCCGUGAUCGAUACCUACUGGCAAACCGAAUCUGGUUCUCACAUGAUCGCACCUUUAGCCGGAGUCACACCAUUGAAACCUGGUUCCGUUUCGUUACCAUUUUUUGGCAUUGACGCGGUGGUUCUGGAUACUGUCACAGGAAAAGAGCUGGAGGGACCAUGUAAAGAGGGAGUCCUAGCAGUUCGUCGGCCUUGGCCCUCAUUCGCGCGUACAUUGUGGAGAAAUCAUUCCAGAUUUAACGAAGUUUACUUCGAACCAUAUCCUGGUUACUAUUUCACCGGAGACGGAGUGGCACGCGACAAAGAUGGGUUUUUGUGGAUCCUGGGACGUGUUGAUGAUGUGGUGAAUAUUUCAGGUCAUCGUCUUUCUACUGCGGAAAUCGAAGCCGUUGUUUCAGAAGACGAAACUGUCGCCGAAUGUGCUGUGGUGGGGUUUGCAGAUGAACUCACAGGUCAAGCCGUGGCGGCGUUUGUCGUGCUGCGAAAUAGUGCCUGUUGGGAAAACGCAAGUGAAGAUGAAUUGCAAAGUAUUAAAAGACGCAUUCUUGUCAUUGUUCGUCGCGAUAUCGGAUCUUUUGCUACUCCCAAACUUAUUGUACUUGUAGAUGACCUUCCAAAGACACGGUCUGGUAAAAUAAUGCGCCGGAUCUUACGCAAGAUUUUGGCAGGUGAAUCCAAUAAACUUGGGGAUGUGUCAACGCUUUCGAAUCCCGGUGUCGUAAAGCAUUUGAUUGACAGCGUGCAGUUCAAAUGA